AUGGGCCCUGGCAUCGAUUCCGAGGCCCAGCGUCUCGCGAACGUGCAACAGAAACAAAAACUGCUCGAGGAACUCAAUCUGAUCACUACCUCCGAUGCAAGAGCGGCUGGCCGGGGUGGCAUACAGGGAAGAAAGGAGUCCCCCAAGGAGCGGCGGAGGCCACGGUCCGUCCGACCCGGCACAGCCCUGAAGAUGCCCUCGAGGACAUCUGCUCGGAUCGCCGCCGUGAAGACCCUUGCAUCUUCCUCGUACAGCGGAUCAGAGCGUGAUGUGGAAAUGGUUAUAGACAUACCAGUCAGUGGCAGCUCAUCGAGGAGGAGAAUAAGGGACAGAAGCACCCGCAGGCCCCAGCUCCCUCGUCAUCAAACAACCCAACCCGAGACUACUUCAAUCUCACAGCCCGUCUCACCGUCUCUACCCACCGACCUGCCCUCACUUCUGGAGUACUACAACUCAUGGACCCCUUCCGCCCCUCCGCCAACACUAGAUCCAGAAACCCAAGCAUACCACUUCCCUUCGCACCCACACUUCCGCCCAAACAAGUCCCCGCUCUCCAUCCUCCUGGAAGGCGCCUUUGGGGGAACCUUCUUCUCCCCGUGGCGCAGCCGCACGCUAUCCUUGACCCUCAUAGACGACCACCUACGCACACUCCCUAGUUCCUGGCUCGCCGAGCUGCAGCCUCCGGAGAAAUACAUCACCUCUCCCCAAUACAACGCCGAGCUGAACCGCCACGGCAAGGCUUGUGGCCAGACGCUCGCGCAGUGGGAGCAGGCCGGGUGGAUCAAUUUCCGCCACGACCCCCGUGGUUGGUUCGAGUGGUACGUCCGCUUCUGGCUCGGGCGACGCCUCAAUAACGGCGAGGACGAGCGCCAGGUCGCGCGGUGGCUAAGGUGUGUCGGGCCCAAGGGCCGGUGGAAAACGAUGCUCCUGAAGAAGUACGUCGAGAUGGGCGUGCACAGUGUUUUUGACGACGGGGGUGAUGAUGACGUCGUCGACGAAGAUGACAAACAAGAAAGGAAGGUCAGUCCCGUCAUGCAUCAGACUUGUCUGCAUUGGGGAUACCAGGUCGGACAAGCGGAUUUGGAUGACGCCUGGCGAGCGAGGAGGGGAGAGGCUGGGUGA